UAUAAAGGCAACUUGUUGGCCGGGAAUCACCAGUUGCUGUGUUGGCGGAGACCCGUAGCGCGUCUACAGUCAACGGAGCCGGACCGGUUGUCCACGUCUCUACUUUCCUUUUAUUUGUAACUUUCUUUGUUGUGUGGACCUUCACAAAUCACAAUCAUGCGUGAAUGCAUUUCUAUCCAUGUGGGACAGGCUGGAGUUCAGAUUGGUAAUGCCUGCUGGGAGCUGUACUGCCUGGAGCAUGGUAUCCAACCUGAUGGACAGAUGCCAAGUGACAAAACAAUUGGAGGAGGAGAUGACUCUUUUAACACCUUCUUUAGUGAGACAGGAGCUGGAAAACAUGUCCCAAGAGCGGUCUUUGUAGACCUUGAAUCUGCAGUGAUAGAUGAGGUUCGGAAUGGAACUUAUCGUCAGCUUUUCCACCCUGAGCAACUUAUUACUGGCAAGGAAGACGCCGCAAACAACUAUGCUCGUGGGCACUACACUGUGGGAAAGGAAAUCAUUGACUUAGUGUUGGAAAGAGUGAGAAAGCUGGCUGAUCAGUGUACAGGUCUUCAGGGCUUCUUGAUCUUUCACAGUUUUGGUGGUGGCACAGGCUCAGGUUUCACUUCAUUACUUAUGGAGAGACUCUCUGUGGAUUACGGGAAAAAGUCCAAAUUGGAGUUUGCCAUCUACCCAGCCCCACAAGUGUCAACUGCUGUAGUGGAGCCAUACAACUCCAUUUUAACAACACAUACAACACUGGAGCAUUCAGACUGUGCCUUUAUGGUUGAUAAUGAAGCAAUUUAUGAUAUAUGCAGACGUAAUCUAGACAUUGAGCGUCCAACAUACACCAACCUGAAUCGUUUGAUAGGCCAGAUCGUAUCUUCUAUCACAGCAUCCCUGCGUUUUGAUGGAGCACUUAAUGUUGAUUUGACCGAAUUCCAAACUAACCUGGUGCCAUAUCCCCGCAUCCACUUCCCACUGGUCACUUACUCUCCGAUUAUUUCUGCUGAGAAGGCUUACCAUGAGCAGCUUUCUGUUUCAGAAAUAACAAAUGCCUGCUUUGAGCCAUCAAAUCAAAUGGUGAAGUGUGAUCCAAGACAUGGUAAAUACAUGGCAUGUUGCAUGCUGUAUCGGGGUGAUGUGGUACCCAAAGAUGUGAAUGCUGCUAUUGCCGCUAUUAAGACGAAGCGCACUAUACAGUUUGUGGAUUGGUGCCCAACAGGGUUUAAGGUUGGCAUAAAUUAUCAACCUCCUACGGUUGUCCCUGGUGGUGACUUGGCAAAGGUGCAGAGGGCUGUUUGUAUGCUCAGUAAUACCACAGCCAUAGCAGAGGCAUGGGCGCGUCUGGAUCACAAGUUUGACCUAAUGUAUGCAAAGCGUGCUUUUGUGCAUUGGUAUGUGGGUGAAGGCAUGGAAGAGGGAGAGUUCUCUGAAGCACGUGAGGAUUUGGCUGCUUUGGAGAAGGAUUAUGAAGAAGUUGGCACAGACUCUGUAGAAGGAGAAGAUGAAGGAGAAGAGUACUAGUGUCAGUGGCAAGUGCCCUUUUAAAAAUGAGUGUUUUAAUACCUGUCACGGCUACUUCAAAUAAAGGUUUUACUCUUGCUGAA